AUGGAGCACCAGCUCGAAGACCUCUACUGGCGGUUCCCAGAAGGAGGCGAAGGGUCGUACAUUCACCAGUGGUUAUAUGCGAGACGCAAUGCGUCAGGACUUAUCAUCAAGAACGUCUACGACGAGCUGUCUCGCCUACCACAUUUCUACUACGACCGCCCAAUCAAUUACGACCUACCGCACAACGCCAUAGUGAUGCCUGCGACAGCGUUCAUGGAGCCACUGUACUUUGCGGAUGGCACGGAUGCAAUGCUGUACGGGUCGCUGGGGUCAACGCUCGCAAGGAAAGUGCUCAGUGUGGUCGCGUGUAGUAGAGGAAAGUCUGGAGACGGGUGUGGUUACCCAGCCUUGUUCAAUCUGGCGGCUAUCUCUCGCUACGAUUGUGACGAGGACACCGCGAGCGUCGCGACAUCCGAACUAUUUGCGCUGCAAGUUGCUUACAACGGCUACGUGAAUGCGUCGAAAGAGCCGCUCCACAUAAGGCUGAAGAACCUUCCGGACCAUUCGGCAGUGCAGGUUUUCUUCAUGGUUAACUUAAGAUUCCUUGAGAUGAAGAGACCCAGUAUCACAUUCCGGCUCGUCGGAAUAACACGGAAAAAGGAAGGCCCUUCAUCUAAACACAAACAAGCUACAAUUGAAGGGGAAAAGGCAUUGGAUGGAGUAAAAGCUUCUUUCAGAGAAGGAGCAGUACCAGGAAAUCCUGACUUGGUGUUCAUGCUGACUACCAUCGAUUUGUUCGAAAUAGAAGCUGGUGGAAAAGUCAACAAGGACCAAAACGGAAUCGGAGCUGUUGGCUCAGUCUGCACAAAGGAGGCUGCAGGAGUGGGCGAAGAUAUCCCUACUUCUUACUUUGGAGCCGAGGUUAUGGCUCACGAACUUGCCCAUAUAUUAGGGUCACCACAUGAUGAAACUCCAAGGUGCCCAUGGUCUGAAGGAUACCUCAUGAGCUACGUAGACGGAGGUACAAAAAAAUACCGGCUUUCUGUCUGCAGUCAGGAGAAGAUUCGUGACAGAGUGCGGACUCUUCAGCGAAGCUGUAUAAACCUUCAGAGCCAUAAGAACUACAUGAAAGGACGAAACAAAAUUCCAGGUAAAACUGUGCGUGAGGGAUAUUACUGCAAGAAGAUGAUGAAGGACAUGUCACAGGGGAGGAAAGUAUAUGUAAAUAAGACAGAAGCACUAAGCAAAAAGUGUAAAAUGGAGUGUUGCUACGAUGUACCUAAGGGCUCCUGGUGCAAGAUUGUACGUAUACUUGAAGGCAUGGAUUGUCAAGGGGGAAAUACUUGCAGAAGAGGAGUUUGUGGAAAGCACAACUGGCAAUAGGCUAUGAUCCAGAAGUAGCGUUGUAUUGCUCUUUCAUGUUCUGAGAGCAGCAAAAUAAAAAAAUAAAAAUCAUGAGGUUUUACGUGCCGAAACUACUUUCUGAUUAUGAGGCACGCCGUAGUG